GCGACGGCCGUUCGCGAGGUAAGGUGUGUUGUUGCGUGUCGCGUAUAAACGUACGUGUAUAUUAACUUGAGCUGCAUCCGUUCGUCCCCUUUUCUCCCACGGGUUCCGCGCGCGCGUGUGCUUCCCUCGUGUCGCGGAUUCGCGCACGUGCGUUCCAGUCACGCGCGGAAGAGGUGCGCGUUUUCAUUCAUCGAGACGGCGGGACGGAAGUGCGCGUGUCGACCAAAAGCCGACAGAUCGAAUCGAAAUAAAUCGGCCGUACGUCGAACCGGUUCGUGCAUCGCGUGAGUGCGUCACGGCGUGCGCACACGAUUGUCGUGCGCACGUGAAAAGGGGCGGGGGGGAGGGGGUAGAUUUUAUAUCUUUUUUUCUUUCGGGGGACGAAGAAUUGCGAACAAUUUCGGCCGGUCCCGCUGGCGGGAAGAAAUGUAUCGCCAGAUGUUCUUCACAUGCCAAGUGCAGUAUCUCAACGACGUCGAUCCAUUCAGUUAUCCAACCCUUUAUCCGGAUGUUAACCCUCCCGAUCACACCUUCAGCGCGACCUUGCCGCUAAUCAAUCAGCUCGCCGCCGUGCAUCGGCUUCUACGGGCACCACAUAGGCUCGACGACACGGCGCUCCAACUGUACAAGGGCGGAGAUUAUGGCGCUUAUCUGGACCUCGAGGCCUCCAUCAACGAGCAACAGGAGGAGUUCGAGGGCUUCUACGAAGGUGAGAGCCGGAAGAACGCGAUCAUUCUCAGGACCCAGCUGUCCGUGAGGGUCCACACUAUCAUAGAAAAAUUGCUGAACAGCGAGGGCCGCGAGCUGCGACGGGCUCUCUUCUCCCUCAAGCAGAUUUUUCAGGAGGACAAGGAUCUCGUGCACGAGUUCGUGCAAAAUGACGGACUUGCCUGUCUUAUCAAAGUUAGCAGUGAAGCUGAUCAGAAUUACCAAAAUUACAUUUUACGAGCACUCGGCCAGGUGAUGCUGUAUGUCGACGGCAUGAACGGGGUGAUGGAACAUGGACAGACGGUGGAAUGGCUGUAUACGUUAAUUGCAAGUCGUUUUCGGCUGGUGGUGAAGACGGCGUUGAAGCUGCUGCUCGUAUUUGUGGAAUACGUGGAAACAAACAGUCUGCUGUUGGUCAGGGCUGUCAGGGCGGUGGAUCAGGCCAGGGGCGUGGUGCCGUGGAUUAACGUGAUGAAACUCCUGAAGGAUUAUGAUGCCGCCGAUACGGAGUUGCUUAUAUACGCGACGACAUUGAUCAACAAGUGCUUGAACGGCAUUCCCGAUCAGGACACUUAUUAUGAUCAAGUGGACUGCCUCGAGGAGCAAGGUAUGGAGGGCGUCAUUCAAAGGUACAUGUCGAAGCAGGGCACGGACCUCGAUUUGCUCAGGCAGUUUCAAAUUUAUGAGGCAGUGCUGCAUCACGAAGACGGCGACAGAGGUUCGCCGAUACGUCAAUUAGAUGACAAUAUAAGAAAGACUUUACGGAACCGGAAGUCUUUAGUGGAUUCUCAUGAACGACGAAAAUCUCGGAGGCAUUCGACAGGUAAUUCGCCCUUGUCGAUGUCCUUGAAUGCACGUCUAAGUCCACGGCUUAAUCAUUCUCUGGGUGUGAGCUCACUGAACAACACCUUGAACUCCAAUUUACCAGACGAUGACGACGAAUCAAGUAGCUCUCAGAGUUCCCACGGUCAUCUGGGUGAAGUUCAGCUCAACGGCAGUUAUAAAGAGAAUAAAGUGGAUGUUGGUGUUACACCAGCGCUGAGACGACGAAGAGAACGCGCGGAGAGACAGAGGAGCUUUAUUAGAGAGCAACAAGAGGCUACUGCAAACAUGAGAGCUUCGCUUGGUCACACCGAUGAUCAAGAAAGUCAAUUCGCAUCGAACAGUCUGCGAUACACGAACGGCACUUCGUAUGAGAGGAACGCUGAUUCUCCCUCGAACAAGUUGUCUAGAACGAAUAGCAGGAAGGACUUGACGCCCUUGAUGAAUGCGGCGAACAAGCUCGAUUCGGAGGAGAAGAAACCAUGGUAUGGCAAAAGUCCUAACGAAGAUGUCGAGUACGACGAGAAUAAUCACACUGACGAAGAUGGGGAUCGUCGAGUGGUUCUACAGCUUAAGAGGGAAGGUACCGUCAAGGAUCUCACGCAGAAGUUGGCGGCACAGAAUCUUAUACCGAGCAGUCCUGUAGAAGAGAAAGUUUCCAGAAUAGGAGACAUGAGCGGGCUGAUUUCGAAGGCAAAGGAGGGCCUGGCAAAGUCAAAAUCAAAAGCGGAUGUAUUGAAGUCGCCGACCGGUGACAAUCUGCCCAAGCUACAGGAGACGAAAAAAUCCGAGAACGAGCUGCACUGGGAGGAGCUGGUGAAGAAGCUGAAGAGACCGCUUUCUCUCUGCGACCUGGACUUCACCGAUCUGAAUUCCGACGAUGAGAUCGAUGUGCUGGGAUCCACUAACGUGACGAACGGAGUGCCACCCCCGCCACCGCCGAUGGUGCCUCCGGCUGGAGACGUUCUGGCACCUCCGCCACCGCCGUUGAACGCGAGAUUACCACCGCCACUUCCUCAGGGUCCGCCACUGCCUUUCGGCAUCAACCUAAAGAUAUCGAGACCGCCGCCGCCGGCCAACGAGGCGCCGAAGAGUCCACCGUUGUUGCUCGCGAAGAAGAGCAAAAAGACUGUGAAGCUGUUCUGGAAGGAGGUACGGGACGAUCCCAAUAUACUUGCGCGGCUUGACAAACACAAGAUGAUCUGGGACGAGUUGUCACCUGUGACCGUCGACACGCAGAAACUCGAGCACCUUUUUGAGAGUCGCGCCAAGGAUCUCAUUACUAAGAAGCAGCAAGAAAUGAACAAGAACAAGGAGAUUAUCGUGCUGAAUCACAAAAGGUCCAACGCUAUCAACAUUGGUAUGACAAAGCUGCCGCCACCAAGAUCCAUUAAAACUGCGAUCUUAAAAAUGGAUGCUACAAUUAUGAAUAGAGAGGGUAUUGAGAAACUUUUGACGAUGCUGCCCACUAAGGAAGAAAAAUCUAGGAUACAAGAAGCGCAGGCCGCCAAUCCUGAUCUUCCUUUAGGAUCGGCGGAGCAAUUUCUUCUGACUUUGACCUCCAUCUCGGAAUUGCCAGCAAGGCUAAAGCUGUGGGCGUUCAAACUAGAUUUUGAAAAUUCUGAAAAAGAAAUCGCGGACCCUUUGAUGGAUCUGAAGCAGGGUAUGGAAACUCUGCGUGUGAAUAAAACGUUCCGUGGGAUUCUGAGCACGCUUCUUUCGAUCGGGAUAUUUCUCAACGGAAAUGAGGUGAAGGGCUUUCAACUAGAAUACCUCGUCAAAGUACCUGAAGUGAAGGAUACGGUUCACAAGCAUUCGCUGCUUCAUCAUCUCUGCCACAUGGUGAUGGAGAAGUUCCCGGAUUCUACGGACCUUUAUUCUGAGAUUGGCGCGGUAACGAGAGCCUCGAAAAUCGAUUUCGACGAGCUGGCGGCGAACAUCGCGAAACUCGAGAGCGAGUGUAAAGCGUCUUGGGACCAUCUCAAGCUCAUUGCAAAGCACGAUGGUUCCACAAUGAUGAAGGUCAAGAUGUCUGAUUUUCUUGCCGAUUGCGCCGAAAGGAUAAUCGUCUUAAACAUCGUACAUAGACGUAUCAUAAAUCGUUUCCGCAAGUUUAUCCUGUGGCUUGGUAUACCGUUGCAUAGAAUACAAGACACUAAGCCGAACGAGUUCUGCAGGGUUGUAUCCGAAUUUGCUCUGGAGUACAGGACCACCAGGGAGCGAGUGAUACAACAGCUCGAGAAGAAAGCCAAUCAUCGGGAACGCAAUAAGACCAGAGGAAAGAUGAUAACGGAGGUCGGCAAGUUUCGUACAAAAGAGGAUCGGGCGGACGCGGAACUCAGACAACUACUUGGCAGUGACAUUUCAGAUGUUGAGAGUAUCCACGGUACUUUACCAUGGCGAAGACAAAGGAAAGACGGACGUAUAAUUCCACUGGGUCCAGUGCUCAGGGAUGAAAGCACCAACGGCAACUUGGCCGAUGGCGUUGACGAACUGUUGGAAUCUCUGGUGAAAACCGCGACAAAAGCACCAGCCACGAGAACCACGCCACGCGAACGCAAGAGGACCAGACACGCCGAUCGUAAGUCUUUGCGUAGGACGCUAAAGAACGGUCUCUCAGAAGAGGAGAAAAAGCACAUCGCCGCCUACAUCAAGGGCUACUGACUGUGAUAAUACCCGAAGGCCACGACAUGCUCUCACGAAACGUGACAAAGGAACGUCGAUAUCGCGAAGGGGCGGAAGCUCGGUGAAAACAUCGCGACCCCCGUCGAAAUCUUGGCUAUAGGAUCCCGUCCGCCGUUAUUAUCAGGAUACUCCGAAGUCGAACGACAUGACUCCGUGACAUGUCGUUGAGUUUGACACUCGCGUUAAGUCUCAUUAAGCCCCGCGUGCACUUCGUGCGUAUACACUUGUCGUUCGACUUACCAAAAUGGAAUAAUAAGUAAAGGAAAAAUUUAAAAAAAUGCGUCUUGUCGUGAAUUAGGCAAAUAUUAAUCCAAUCGGUGAUUUAGACUUAAGAUUGAUCAAGUGAAUGGGUUUCUUUUAACGCGUCGUUCGCGUACGAAGAAAGAUAUCUCUCACGUAUUGGAGACUCUAUAAAAAUUUCUUUACUUUCUAUAGAUUUUUUAGUUAUGUGUGUCUCUCUGUCUUGUAGAGAAAUUUCUUUGUUUUACGAAAUUUUCUUUAUUCUAUGUAAAAAUUUCUGAAAAUUUUAACGACGCGGUUUCGUAGAUUUUUUUCUACGUUGUCUUAUUUUCUCGUUGAAAAUUACACGCCCUCGUUGUUUACAUAUAUAAAUAUUUUAUAUAUUAUAUUAUAUUCAAUCGCAGGUGAUAGAAAUGAGUAAAUAAGAGAGUGAGGUGCUGGGUUGUUCAGUGAUUGACCGGUUGCCUGAUAAUCGGCAGACUUGAACUCGAUUCCGGCCUUAUUACCUUGCAUAGAAGUAGAUUGAAAGAAACUUGAGUGGGAAUAUCACUCAUUGUGAUAGGAAUAAUUCAGAAUGAAGAAAAAAUAAUUUUAUUGUUGUGCGUAUAAGAAAGCGUAGUAUUGUUGCCAGGAUAUAUCUAACAAAAAGCAUUUUUAAUAAAAGAAUGCUUGUAAAUGAUGGUGUAUAAGCGUUGUAAAUGAUUUAAGCUGACAAAGUGUUGCAUCUGGUUAUGCAACAAAUUAUUAUUCCCGUUAAAUGUGGAUAACUGCCAUAGAAGGAAUUUAAAAAUUACUUAAAAAGGUAAGUUCAAACAUAUAUCGAUACGAGAAGGAACUGUAUUUUAUGAUAACAUCUUCUGAACUUAUCGAUUCAGGUAAUUCGUCGAAUUUAAGCAUGAUAUAUAUAGAUUUAUACUAGCAUGAUAUGUAUACAUUUAUACUAGUUACAACAGUUAUAUUAGCACAUAUUCUUCUGAUAAAUUUACCUUUCUUGAUGCGGAGAUUUAUAACGGAAUUUACAUAAAAAAAUUCUUUACGUAUCAAAAUUUUUACUACACGAAAAAAUAGAUCUGAAAAAAAUCUGGUAUUAAUAUUACCAGCGAAGUAGCGUGAAUUGUCUAGUUUUUCUUUUAAGAUAUAUAAGUAGCUAUGAAGUACCAAGGGCGUUCCUUGAAUUAAAUCGCGAACAACAACUCAGCACCUCAACUGUCAGAUUCAUCUAUCAUUUCCAAUUCGAUAGCGAUACUCACGAAGUUGAAGUGCGUCUUAUUCACGCGACGAUUAGAUAUCAUUGUAAUUGAAGAUUUACUCGAAUUGCGGACGACAGAAUCGACUCGACAAUCAUAUAUAAGACCACGGUGCCUCGACGAAUUUUUAUGAUCGACUUUUGUGAUCGAUUUUUGUGAUCGAUUUUUAUGAUCGAUUUUUGAGACCGACUAUUCGAAUAAUCGACACUUUUGUUCACGUCAAUCGAACGAAGAAACUCUGCUAUUUUGCGAAAUAACUAUAUUCUAGAAUAAUUCCUGUCAAAUAGCGAACAUACCAAUAUAUGCUGGACAACGUAAAAUUCUAGCAACAUGACACGCCUAGCAACUUAGAUAUCUUAAUCAUCAUUUUAUUAUUGCGUUUCGUAGAGACGCAUAAUCGCAAUCAUUGUAAUCUUUCUGUGGAAAUAUUUCUUGAAAUAAAACGUGAAAUCAUUAAAUGG